AAGCUGUCAUUUGGCCAAUUUCUCGUCCAAGCGGUACUUUCCCAUCAAAACCGAUCGUGAUUCAACGACAAAUGUAACCGUUUCACAAAAAGCCACAAUGGGAUCCACAUCGAGACGCUUUCUUAGUGUUCCACCAUCGAAAGCGCUUCUGUUGUUGCCUUUUUUGUUGACGUUGUUGCUCGUUGGGAGCCGCGGAGAGAGCAAUGCGAUGGACAACGUCGCAACUGAGAGGCUGGCUGAGGAGAGCCACCGACAGGACAGUGCCAAUCUGCUCAUAUUCAUAAUGCUUCUAACACUCACCAUUUUAACUAUAUGGCUGUUCAAACACCGGCGUUUUAGGUUCCUGCACGAAACAGGACUUGCCAUGAUCUAUGGCCUUUUGGUGGGUGUGAUCCUCCGAUUUGGCAUCCAUGUGCCCCAGAGCAUGAGUGACGUGAUCCUCAGCUGUGCUGUCAAUGCCAGCCCCGCUACUCUACUGGUCAACGUCAGCGGGCGAUUCUACGAGUACACUCUGAAAGGGGAAGUCAGCCAGGGCAAAGGUCACCAAGUGCAGGACGAUGAGAUGCUGAGAAAGGUGACCUUUGACCCAGAAGUGUUUUUCAACAUUUUGCUGCCUCCCAUCAUCUUCCAUGCCGGUUACAGUCUGAAAAGGAGACAUUUCUUCAGAAACAUCGGCUCCAUCCUGGCCUAUGCUUUCGUGGGAACAGUGAUCUCCUGCUUUGUUAUCGGGAUGAUCAUGUAUGGCUUUGUGUCCUUCAUGAAAGCUGUGGGUCAGCUCGGGGGAGAUUUUUACUUUACUGACUGCCUCUUCUUUGGGGCCAUCGUUUCAGCAACAGACCCAGUGACGGUGCUGGCUAUCUUCAAUGAGCUAAAAGUAGAUGUGGACCUGUAUGCUUUACUCUUUGGGGAGAGUGUCCUCAAUGAUGCUGUGGCCAUCGUCCUCUCUUCCUCCAUCGUGGCAUACCAGCCUGUAGGAGACAACAGCCACAGCUUUGAGGCCAUGGCCAUGUUGAAAUCCUUUGGUGUCUUUCUGGGCGUCUUCAGUGGAUCCUUUGCACUUGGGGUGGCCACUGGAGUCAUGACCGCUCUCGUGACCAAGUUCACAAAGCUGAGGGACUUCCCCUUGCUGGAGACAGCUCUCUUUUUCCUCAUGUCCUGGAGCACCUUCCUGUUGGCUGAGGCUUGCGGGUUCACAGGCGUAGUGGCUGUGCUGUUCUGUGGUAUCACUCAGGCUCACUACACCUUCAACAAUCUCUCUCCUGACUCUCAAGACAGGACAAAACAGUUAUUUGAGCUGCUGAACUUCCUGGCAGAGAACUUCAUCUUCUCCUACAUGGGCCUGACUCUCUUCUCCUUUCAGUCACACGUCUUCAACCCUUUGUUCAUUAUCGGAGCCUUUGUGGCGGUGUUUCUGGGCAGGGCUGCAAACAUCUACCCUCUGUCCUUCCUGCUUAACCUGGGCCGAAGGAACAAGAUUGGAUCCAACUUUCAGCAUGUCAUGAUGUUUGCAGGUCUACGUGGGGCCAUGACCUUUGCUCUUUCUAUCCGAGACACAGCGACGUACGCCCGUCAGAUGAUGUUUUCAACCACCCUCCUGAUUGUCUUCUUCACUGUGUGGAUCUGUGGCGGCGGCACCAUGCCCAUGCUGUCCUUCAUGAGCAUACCUGUGGGUGUGGACUCAGAUCAAGACACCGCUAGUUCAGCGGUGUUGGAUGGGUCACAGCGGAGAAACACCAAACAUGAGAGCGCCUGGCCUUUCAGGAUCUGGUAUAACUUUGACCACAACUACCUGAAACCCCUCCUGACCCACAGCGGCCCCCCUCUCACUGCUACUCUGCCUGCUUGUUGUGGACCGCUGGCACGAUGCCUCACCAGCCCACAGGCCUAUGAGAACGAAGGCCAGCUCCACGACGAUGACUCCGACUUCAUCCUGAACGAUGCCAACGUGAGCUCCAUGUAUGCCGACGUCACUGUCAGCACGGACGCAUCUGGAUCCCACACCAUCAACCGAAAACCCAACUCAAGCGGCGGCGGCGGCGGCGGCGGCGGCGGCGGCGGCGGCGGCCCGUCUGAUGAAGGUCUGGAUCACGAGCUUGCCUUGGCGGAACAUGAAGUGGCGAUCAGGGGCACCCGCCUGGUCCUGCCCAUGGAUGACCCAGUGGAGCCUCCGACCACCGUCACCCUGCCGCCGCCACCGUCUCCGCCACGCUCUGAACCUCGCAGGCACAGACUGUAAGAAAGCUUACACAAUUAGGGUGCAGUUUGUUUACAUCUAAAAAAACAAAAACAAAACACAAAUUGAAAAAAAAGAGUCAUCUGUUAGUUGAUGUGUUUGGAUUUUUGAUUGGAAAAACAAACAGCUUUUUAAGUACGAGUCACAUAAAAAGUCGCCAUGUUGACGGGACCACCUCUUUAUCUAACGUGGUUUUAAAAUAGGCUUUGCUUUGUGACAAACUUGACGUGCGCUUGAUUUAACUCACCAUUUAGGUGGAUUACUGUAGUCUUGAAUGUGAAUGCACUACAUGUAAGACAAGGUACUGUAAAUCAAGUGCACCUUAAGUCUAAAACGUUACUUAAAAUCACCCCAGAUGCACAUUUAACCACCAUAUGGGGAAGCUAAAAAAAUAUGGGGAUGUAGUAUUUGCUCCUAAGUUGUACUACUGUGGUGAUAUGCCAGUGCUGUUAUCUAUGCUCUAUAAAGGCCUCGACUCCCCUCUGGCUUUUUGGGCGAUCGCUAAACAGUUCAUAUGCAGUUUACCCUUUUCUCUGUGGUGAAGUUGCUCCUAAAAUGGGACAUGUAUUUGUCUAGCUCACUUCGAGUAUUUGUAAGAAGACCUACAGUAUCUAACAUCAAGGGCACUUUGCUCUGCUGUAACAUUCAGCGGCGUGAAAGUGCAUUUAAACUACAUCACUAAUCUUACUUAUCAGAGCGGUUAGUGUCUCCCUGUGUUUGCCUCCCUCUUGUUGGUGGAGAAAGUUCAAAGAGGAGGAAUUGUGAAUUGUAAUUGGUUGGAGCAAUUGGACAAGGACUUUGACAUUUGUGAUGGAAGCAGUAUUAGGAUUUUUGAAUUUCGAAUGAAACAAAUAUACUCUACAAUAAGAUUAUAAUUCUAUUCGGGCAAAAAAAAACUCCAACUGCUUCCACAACAGACUCAAGUUUUAUCACUGCCUGCGUCUUCUCUUUUUUAUCAGUCUUUUGACUUAUUCAUUUAUUUAUUUAACAAAAAAUGAUUUAUUUAUAUAAUGAUUUAUUUGUUUAUUUAUUAUUUAUUCGUUGUUUUGUGGGUUGACAAUGAUUAUGUUGCCCUGUUGAAAAAGAGGGCUGUCAGUGAUGAAAGGUUCUUACGCACCUUUUUCCUGACAAACGACUACACAAGGUACAUUGUACAGUAGGUGGAGAUGAAUAUUUGCUCGAGGAGUUUGUUCUUUACCACAUGUGCAUGUUAAAAUAUCUCCUCCCUGUACUGUAGCAGAUCCUUCUACUUUAUACCUGGAAAUUAGAGCUUCCCUGUGUGUGUAUUUUACAAGUGUGUGUGUGUGGUUGAUGUCAGUAUGAAACUGUCCAAAUCUACUGAUGUGGUUUUUAGGGCUAAUGUCUGUUUCUGAGUUUUCUGUCAUCAUUUGGUUUGAAAACAAAAAAAAAAAAAUUAACUGCCGUGUCUUUGUGAGGUUUUAUCAUCAAAGAUAACUGAGGGCUGGCUGAACUGUUUUGAAUUAAAGUGCCUAUUCAGAAAUUCAAUUAAUGUAGAUUUGUACAUAUUUUGAUUUGUUAAUGUGCAGUAAGAUGAUCUUUCUUGGUUUUUGUAUGACACUAAACCCCCUGACUGAUGUUGAAUAUUGUAUUCCCAGUAUAAUUAGGCCAUUGAGUGACUGCCUGUCUAUGGUGGAGAUCAUAAAAGAGCGCAGACUGAAUUAUUAUACUUUUAUUAAUGUAAAGUAAAUAUCACUAAUAUUUUAUCAGAUAGAAUCAUUUUGGAAAAUGUUUACCAAAACAUACUUUAUCAUUUCAUUUUAAAAUUAAACUGUUGGGGACCGAAUAUGAAUUCAUUAAAACCUUACAUCUUUUUUAGGUUUUGUAUUUGCCAGUAAGGUCAAAGGAAAGGUACAACAACAGGAGGAUACCGAUAACUUUUUACUGAUGCAAUGUUUGUGUUUUUGUUCUUUGUCUGGCAACCAAAGUCGUAUAUUCUGUUCCCACCGACAUGAGAGGUAUUUUGCAGAGGUGUCUCCUUAGUUAACUCUUGGUUGUUCUGUUUUCUGCUGAUUUUUAUGACUGAGGUAGAAAUUAAUUCCUUGUUGGAAAAAAAAUUAUUUUUGAACGUGAAGAUGUUUUAACUUUGUUAAGCUGCACAUGAGUUGUCUUUUUUGAUCUUUAAGCGUUAUUCUCAAUAUGAGGUUUAAGUUUGUGUAUAAUCAUUCAGAAAUAUGGAUGACUGAAUUUACAUUUUUUUCUUUCACUAAGGUACUCUGAUUUUACUCUGUUGUUUAAAUGGAAGUGAACCAUAAAAACAUACUCUGUUUUUAUUGGAAUUUUAAAGAAAGAGUUGUAAUCUUACAAUAGCAACCAUAACUAACACUAAAAAUCUGAACAUGCUCUUGUUUCUACUGUUUGUAGAAACUGUUAAUGACAGUUGUAUUUGUAAAAAGUACAUCUGCGAUUGGUCUAUAUGUGAAUGUUUUUUAAAAUGUGAACUCAUGUUGAGGGGGAAAUCAUCUUAAGGUUUGAUAGAUUGUUCCCUGUGUAGUCCUGAAGUUAUUAACAGUGUCUUCUCAGUCAGACAUCUUGCAAGUGUACUAGAAAAAAAUAAAAAAACGUUCUUGAAAA